CGGUGUCCCCUUUCAGGGUGUCCUUGAAGCGGCGGGGGCUCCCGUGGGCUCCGGCAGCCGCGGCGCUCACGGACACUCGCCCGGAGCGUCCCGAGCACAUGCAGCAGGGACACGAGGAGCUUCUCCUUUGGCACCUGCUGACCCAGCCCCGGGUUCCCCCCUUUCACAGGCAUCGCUCUGUUCUGGGAAUACCUGUGAGAACUCUGCCCGAUGCCCUCAGAACAUGUCUGAUUGGACAAGUCUGUGGUACGUCUGGUUGAUCUUGCUGGCGGUGUUCCUGCUCCUGCUCUGCGGGGUUUCAGCGAGCUGCAUCAAAUUCUGCUGCCGGAAGAAGAGGCCUCCAGUGGAGAGCUUCCCUCGGCACCCCUGUGACUUGGCAGGGAUUGGCAUUGACAGUGACAGCACUGCCCACAGCACAGUGACCUCAUACAGCUCAUGGCAGUACCCUCCAAGUGUCCAGAUUCCCUCGGUAUUUGUGGAUAUGGAUAAGAACACUGUGUCCCCUCCAGCUUACAGCCUCUAUGCCAUGGACCUGCCACCUUCCUAUGAUGAAGCUGUUCAAAUGGGAAAGCAAGUGGCACGGACAAACCAGAAACUUAAUGACAACCCUGAACAGGUGACACCAGGAGGGCUGAAUCCCAGCCAGUCCCCACCUGACACAACCAACAGAGAUCCAGCAACACAGGCAAAUUCAGAAGAUGCAACGAAAGAACAGCCACAGGUCUGACUCGGUUCAGAUGAGGAGUAAAGUAAGGGAAGGACUGUAAGAGUUAAAGAAGACAUGAGGAGUUUGGGUUUAUAAGUAGGUUAUGAUGGAAAGAUGUUUCUUCUCAUGCCCUUGUAAUGAUCUGUCAGAAGAAAUGUUUUCUGUGACUGCUGUAAUCCCCUGGUAAAGCUUCUUCAAGGAUAUGAAAUGAGGUAAAAGGGCAGCAGUUUAAAUAUGCCUGUAAAAGUGGGACGUGAAUGCGUGUUCAUCUUCUGAUAAAAAAAUUGUUCCUUGUGUCCAGCAAUAAAAAAGGUCAGGAGGAUUUUGCCACCUUGGGAAUACACACUCAGAACAGUACAAACAGGAAGUUGUUGUUCUAGAACAGAAGUGUCCCAAACUGGAGUUGAAGGGGGAAUCACAGCAAGUCACACUGAACAGCCUCUGUAGUUUCUCCUCUUUUGAGAGCAUCAACUGCCCAGGAAACUGCUGAGGACAAAGUGCUGCACAGUGGCUCACAUUCCUCAAGGAGCAGGACGAUGCCAGGACAGGAGAGUGAGGGGGGAAAUGCUUUGUGUUGUCUACAGGGAGUGAGACAGAUGAGACACGACACUUCUGUGGUGGUGAUGAGACCCCAAGGGAUUGGUUUUGAGGUUCUGUAAAUCUUUCCAUUUCUAUUUUCGAGAUGUGUUGCCUUAUGGGUGGGUUCCCUUUGCUAUUCAUUUUUCCAGAUAAAGUACACAUUAAUUCCAAAGAGACACUUGCACACAUGGUUCGGUAUUACUGAUGUGUUUCAAAUAUUCAUCAGAUAUUUCAAAGAUGCCUUUAUAUUUCAUAAUCUGCUCAGGUGUCAGGAUCUCAGGCAGCACAGGAAAGAAAAAUCACAGGUUUCUGGCAGCUUUUACCAGUGAACAAACUCAGCAAUGAGCAGGGUGACACAAAACAUGCUUGUGCUGAGCCAUCCAGUAUGAGGUGGAGAUACAAAUACCACAGUACAGGCUGGGCAAAAGUUCAAAGGAAUUACUCUUAGGGAUGGUUCUUCAUGAAGUACUGAUAGAGGGAGAACUGCUGAGCAUCAUUUUAGAACUGGGAGCUUGGAGCUGAUUACAGCGGCUGCAGCCCAGACAAAAAUAUGGGCUCCAGAGGCAGGGAUUUUAAUGCCAGCUCUUUCCCUUGCCCCUCCAUAUUCCAAAUGGUUCAAAUUUUGUCCACUCCUGAGCAGUGAUUUUCUUCGAAUCCACUUUAGCAAGGUGCUAAUCUGGCUGCUUUAAGAACAUGAGCAAUUGCCAGGCUGGCUCAUUGCUCUGGGUAAGAGCAGCAACCAAAGCCUGAGCACUCGGUGCUAUUAGUGAAUGUAGCAUAAAUUUAGGUGUCUGUCAUUAACAGGCAGUAGAAGUGGUGAGCACAAAAGCCUGCACAGCUUUUAGAAGACUGUUAUUCUCUGACAACCAUUACUGCAAGAACUGCCCUGGAAAUGAGUACUAAUGAUUUAAAGACGAAGAUCUCUGCCAGCCACAGGCCCGAGAUGCAGCUGCAGAGUCGUGUGUGAGCUGUCCAUGAGUCUGGCUCCCCAGGGAAGGGACGCUUCUAUAUUUAACUUGCAUGUAACUUACUAUGAGGGUUGACUGGUGUAACAAAUCUGCUUCUCUUGUGUCUCCUCUCUGUCAUCCUUUAUUAUAUUUCUGCUGUUUUAUUCUUUCCUCUGCUUUCCUUAUCUGUGUCAAGAUGGAGGCUGGGCAUAUGCCAGGGUAACUAUUUGGAUGUCUAUGGCUGGAAGGGCAAUAUAUGCCCAGUUCUGGAUGUCUCCAAGUCAUAAAUACGGCAGAUGUAUUUUUAUUUAUUGAAUUUUUCCAUAGUACUCAGAACGAAGCCUCUGCCCUUCCGAAGAAGGAAUUUGUGUUGGAAAUGGCUGAGCGCUCACUCACAAAUAGAGACGGGAAUUCAACCCAGGCGAAUGAAAGAAUCGUGACUGACACAAGAGGGCAGUCCCUCACUUCUCUCCGAGUGCAGAGGAUCAUCAGCAUCGGCUCGGGAAGGGACCGAGCUGCCUGCAGGAGCACGGGCAGUAAUCAUCGCCACGGUUCGAAUUCCCUGCCCUGCCCUUCGUGCCUCGGCAGCGCCUGGCACGGAACCAAGCUGCCAGGUCUGUUCUGUUUGGUCACAGGAGAUACAAAACCCCAAGAAAAUCCCAAAUGCCUGUGACUUCGUAGGAAUGAGGGCAUAAACUGGAGUUUCCUCUCUAGCACCUAAGGAAAAGUCUUGUAGUUCAUUAAUUCCAAAAUUGUCAACAGCAACUACUGCCCCGAUGAGCCCUCAGGAACAUUGACAUCCCUCUGCACACGGAAAGCAGCUCAGUUUGCUGUGUAACCUUCACAGUCAGGAAAUUAUUAAGGUCUUUCUUGUGACCAGCCUUCUCCAGAGCCUGCUAAGGGAGACCCCAUGCUGGAGUCCUUGCAGUGAAGAGGUCCCUCAUGUCUACACAGCUCCUGUCUCAUGGAACACUCAGAACUUCACAUUUUCGAAACCUACAGUUCUCUAUAACUUUGCCUGAAAUUGCUCAGUGGAUUCAGAAGUUAUUAGGGUGUGCGGAGUGGAAGGAGAAGAAGCAGGACAUGGAUUUGGAAUUUGUGAUUCCAAAGCCUCGCUUCCAGAAGAAACCAGGUUUAAAAAGAACACCGGGGGGGAGGUUGGUCCCACAGCAGGUUCUAGGCUUGGCCUGAUGCAGGAGCUACGAAUUCUGAUUUGUCAGGCUGGUGGCUUUCACCAUCACUAGAUCUAUUCAAGUCUGAUUAUAUCCACACAAGCUUUGUGACAUCUCUAAGGGAAAAGCCCCUCUCUGUAAUUACCCAAAGUGCAUUUUUAAUUGUGAUUUAUAUUUGGACCUCAGUUUGGCACUGUUCAGCAUGCAAUUUUUCUUGUCUCAUUUGUUCAAAAUGAUCAUUUUGUCAGUUAUUUUCUGCUGUUCUUUGCUGGCUGUGUGAAAGAGCUUGUGCUGGGGAGAUGGACUGCUGAGGCUGGAGCCUCCAUCACUGUCUCUCCUCUCAAACACAUGCACUCAGCACGAGCACUUGUGCUCAGGAAGAAAAUGCAGCCAUGGAAGUAAAUUUCCUCAAUAAUUCAUGGGCUUUAUAGCCCAGAGCAAAUUAUACCUUGGUUCUGCCAUGAAAUUCAGGCUGCAAAUCCCUUUAUAGCCAAGCUCGUUAACAAUAUAAGUAAAGUGGUACCUCUAGAAUGGCUUUGAUAAUUGAUGCAUUAUAAUCUUUGGAGAGUAUUUAGUGGUAAACCUGCAGCAUCUAGACUGAGGCAACAGUGGGGUCUGGAUACAGGAAAAGUUAAGAGAAAAAACCAUUUCUUUGUUUGCCUCGCAGUUGCCUUUGUCUGCCUCAAAGAGCUCAGGUUUGGCUGCUUUGUUUUCCGACUGCAUUUUGUCUUUAUCAGCUGCAGUUUUGGAGGGGAAAGAAUCACUGCUGCCAGUAUGGGUGAGUGGGACACUUGGACACGUGUAAACCCUCCAUUUAGGGAACAAAAUAUCUCUGCCACAACCACUCUCCAUACCCUUGGCUGCCUCCUGGUUCUGAUCCUAAUCCUCUUUACCUGUUAGAACUCUUUUUGUUUAGGGAGACACUGACUAAUUUUGCUGCAAGUAGCAGAGGUUCUUUCCUUCAUCCACAAUUAAAAUUCAAACUGCGAGAGAA